AGCGGGGCAUGAGGGAGGGAUGGCCCCUGGGCGGUGCCCUGCUGGCUGCCUCUGGGAGGAGCGGCGCGGCAGGAGGAAGAGAAGAAGGAAAGGAGAAGGAGAAGCCCAGUGAGGGGUAAAAUAUAUAGUUGACAGGACCUCAGAUGUCUUUGGAGGAUAAAGAAGCCCAGGAAGAUGAGCUGCUCGCUUUGGCAAGUAUUUAUGAUGAAGAUGAAUUCAAGAGAGCACAGUCAGUGCAAGGAGGUGAAAUCAGGAUUUCUGUGGAACUGCCUGAGAACUUCACCGUGUUUUUGCGUGGCAACCAGGCAGAGAAUCCUCCAAACAACUUUGAAUGCACAGUUUGCUUUUUACCUCCAAUAGUGCUGAAUUUUGAAUUUCCAGCAGACUACCCGUCGACCUCCCCACCUGCAUUCACCCUCAAUAGCAAGUGGCUCUCCCAGGCACAGCUCAUUGCGCUUUACAAGCACUUAGACACCAUAUGGGAGGAAAAGAGAGGUUCUGUGGUCUUGUUUGCCUGGAUACAGUUUCUCAAGGAACAAACACUUGUCUAUCUGAACAUUACUUCCCCAUAUGAGCCAAAUAUAUGUGGACAAGAAAAAGGGCAAAGCAGGACAAGCGAAGAAGAGGUUUGCUCUGAUGCAGUGGCUGGUGCCACAGCACAGGAAGAAAGCCUUGAUACAAGAGCAAUGCAAGAUGUUGAGUCUUUAUCCAACUUGAUUAGGGAAAUUUUAGAUUUUGACCAUGCCCAACAAGAAAAAUGCUUCAAUGGUAAAAUGCAUACAUGUAAUAUCUGUUUUUCUGAGAAGCUGGGAAGUGAAUGUAUGUACUUUUUGGACUGCAGGCAUGUGUACUGCAAGGCUUGCUUGAAGGAGUACUUUGAAAUUCAAAUCAAAGAUGGGCAGGUCCAUUGCCUGAAUUGUCCGGAACCUGAAUGUCAUUGUGUUGCCACUCCAGGGCAGGUUAAAGAACUGGUGGAAGAGCAACUUUUUGCACGUUAUGAUCGCCUGCUGCUUCAGUCCAGCUUGGAUUUGAUGUCAGAUGUGGUAUAUUGCCCACGGCCAUGCUGCCAAACACCAGUAAUGCAGGAUCCAUGUUGUUCUAUGGGCAUCUGUUCCAACUGCAGUCAUACCUUCUGUACGGUGUGUAAGAUGGCUUACCAUGGCAUCUCCACAUGUAAAAUGUCUGCAGAGAAGUUACUGGAAGUGCGGGAUCAGUACAUUACAGCAGAUCAGGCCACUAAAAGAUUUUUAGAGAAACACUAUGGGAAAAGAGUAAUUGAAAAGGCUGUGGAGGAGUUGAGAAGUAAUCAGUGGGUGAAAGGUAAUUCAAGAUCGUGCCCUUCUUGUAGAGCUCCUAUACAGAAGAUAGAUGGCUGUCAUAAGAUGCUAUGUGCUGCAUGUAAUAAGCCCUUUUGUUGGUUUUGCAUGCACAUUAUCACCACAGCAGACCCUUACAUGCACUUUAAUGAUCCAGCCUCCCCAUGCUACAAUAAGUUAAGGUGACCAUUAUAAUUACAAGAGGAUGAGUCGUCUCUACCCAGUAACCAGUUAAACUGAACAAAAUAUAAAUUCCACUAAAGAAAUUCACCAAAUAUUAUGCCACAGCUACAUAUGCUCAGUUCAAGAUUGUUUUGAACACUGAUUUUUUGAGAGAGAAGCACUUCAAGAUUCUUGCAGAAUUGCUUUUGUUUGCAGUGCCUAAACUUCUUUAGCAUCAUGGUAUGAUUUAAAGUCCCUUUAUAAUUUUCAAAUUAAACUUAAUUAACAUUU